CUGGAGGGUGUGUGAGCCAGUCUCUCUAAGCAACCACUCGCAAUCGCAAACGGGCAUCCGAGCUAGUCUGAGCAGAAAAAAAAGAAAGAAGAAAAAGCAGGAAACAUAUUAAUUUCGAAUAUCUCUGCAAUGUUCUCGACGAUCUUUCUUCGUCGUCUGCUUUGAAUCCGUCGAAGUCGCCGUCUGUUCAGACGUCAGCCCCAUAAAGCAACGCAGAAAUUGAUGCAUCUUGUGCGGCGGUGCUGUCUGUUUUGACCUGUGAAGCUAGAAGAGAGUCCUGCUAGAGGAUUAGCGGUCUGUCAAUGAGGAACUACCGGCUCAUCUUUUGCCACAACCUGAAGCAGCCAUAGAUGGUCCAGUGGUCCACUGGCCAGAGGAGGAGAAGAUAGGACACACUGUCACUGCUACACGACGUGAGGUUUCAGCGGGAUUGUGGAGAGGAGGAGGCGGCGGAGGAGGAGGCCAUGAGGAAGAGCGUGUCUCCAUUGCCAGGCAAUGAGGGCGAGGGGUCAGCCGGCACCACUCGGGUUUUCGGCAUUCCUUUGGAGGAAGUGACCCGCGCGCACACGGUCAGCGGAGUAGAGGUUCCUGCAUUGGUCAAACACCUGGUGGACUACAUUGAGGAGCACGGUCAGCUGGACUUUGAGGGACUCUUCCUGGUGAACGGCAACGCGGAGCGAGUGGAUUGGCUGCGUCAGCGCUACGACAGUGGCGAGGAGGUGGAGCUAGAGAAGGAGGCUGAUCUGGCAUCAGCAGUCAGUUUGCUCCGCCUCUUCCUGCAGGAGCUUCCUGAGCCGGUCAUACCAACGGCUCUGCAAGGACACAUACUUCAGCUUUACCAAGAUUACAGCAAUGAAGAAGAGCUGUGUAGAAACCUGAAGUACCUGCUGCAGCAGCUCCCCCAUAUGAACUACGGCCUGCUCCGGUUCCUGUGCCGCUUCCUGGCCAGCGUGGCAUCCCUUCAGCCCGAGAGUUGGAACGUCGGGGCGCUGGCCGCCGUCUUUGGACCAGAUAUCUUUCAUCUGUCCACUGAGAGAGAGGAUAUUCAGGACCAGGAGUCUGUAAGCAGAGUUUUGGCCGAGCUGCUGGACAAUCAGGAGGGUCUGUUUGAUUCCGAGGAUGAUGACGUUUCCACCACCAACGACAACAGCUCCAUCAACGAACAGAUUACAGAGCUCUGUGAUGAUGAUAAGUGCGAGGCAGAAUGUGAAGAACUGCCGCAGGACGGGGAGGAAGGACCCGCUGCCUCCGACUCACCCACACACACACACUCUGACGACCCCACAGCCAGCUCCCACCUCUCCCCCAUGUCCAUCCUGCCUGCUGACUCUGCUGAGAUAAUUCAGAGAACCAUCAGGGCUGCAGUGGAGCAGCACUUCUUUGAGCUGAAAACCUCCAUCACCCAGGACCUCAGUGUCUAUGAAAGCCAGGGGAUGAGUCCCUCUGAGCCUGAAGAAUCGGGUUGCCAUGACAACGAAGAGGAACAAACCGACCCCGAGGAAAGUCCCUGCAAAAUAGACAGGGAGACCCCGCAUGAACAGACGGAGCAACAGAGACAACAAAGUCAGAGAGAGCCAGAGGCUUCCAUGGAUGCUGCUGCAGACUUGGAGGAAAGCACCUGGAUGGAGCUGGAUUCAGAGGCUGUCAUGGAUGCUGAGGAGAACUUUAACACUGCCAGGCAGGACAAUCAGCCACUGGACGCUAUGGAGCAGACCGUCUCCAUAAACUGUGACUCUGAUUCAUUUGGCUGCGAUCAGAACGCCAACACCAGCGAGACCAACAGGAACCAUGUGUCAGCGUGCCAAACCAACUCUGGCCACAGCCCCCACCUCCAGCUCUUCCCUGACAACCAGUGGGAGGCGUCACCCCUUUCCCAUCUCCACCUCCCUCCCAUCGACUUCUCAUGUAUGCAUCUGCAAAAGGAAGGCCAAGACCCCGUUCCAGCUUUUAAAUCCUGGCAGGACGACACAGACAGCGGAGAGGCCCAGCUGUCCCCGCUCGCCGGUCGCAUGGUUCCACUGCUGCCGCUGCGCCUGGAGCACGACGGCGAGGAAGACGAGGGGGAAGGACUACCAGACGACUCCCCGUCCUCCUCACGCUCGCACCCUCACAUUCUGGCGCGUCGCUUUCUGGAUUUUGGAGCGCACAGCACCCAGCGUUUCCUCCAGCAAGACCCAGAGGCCUGCUCGCCUUCCAAAGCGCAGCGGUACGAUGAGAAUCAGAGGCCAAGGCGGGCGUCGUUUGGCUCCAGAGAGGCAGUGAGAGGAGAUUCUGUGACGCAUCAGCUCACCAAGAAGCUUCAGCAUCUGAAGAAGAAAAUCAAACAGUUUGAGGAGCAGUUUGAGAAGGAGAGAAACUACAAGCCGUCUCACGCAGACAAGGCAGCUAACCCUAAAGUCCUCAAAUGGAUGACUGACCUGACGAAGAUCCGCAGACAGAUUAAAGGACGCCUGCACCUCCUUUCCCCCAGAAGCACGCUGAGGCACCAGGCUUUGCUCCAUUCACACAGAGGCCUCCCUGCUCCCUCAUCCCCCUCCUCCCCCCAUCACAAUCCCUCCCUCCCACUCCACCCCGCCUCAGGCCUGAGCUCUAGACCGUUUCACCUCAAUGCCAAACACUGUGCUGAGAGCGAGCUUGGCCCACAGACCCGUCCUCGUAGCAACACCCUUCCCAAGAGCUUCGGCUCCACCCUGGACCAGGGCUCCCAUGACGUAACGGGGGAGGUCAGGGGCCCGCGCCCCACCAAAGAAGAAACACUGGAGCUGAUCCAGCACUGCGUCAAAGGGAAGAGGCAGGAGGAUGGCUGGCCGGAUGACAUCAAGAAGAUGACCAAAGAGCAGCUGUCCUGUGAGAAGAUGGUCCUCCAGAAGAACCUGUUGCACUACGAAGGCCUCCACGGCCGACCGGUGACCAGGGAGGAGCGUCUGGUGGUGAAGCCUCUCUACGAUCGCUACCGGCUGGUCAAGCAGAUGCUGGCCAGAGUCAGCAUCACUCCGGUGACGGUGUCCCCCUCCAGUAAGAGGCGGAGCCAAACCCUCCAGCCAAUCAUAGAGGGGGAAACUGCUCACUUCUGGGAGGAGAUCAAAGAGGAGGAAGAGGAGGAGCAGAAAGGUGGAGAGGAAGAGGAGGAGAGGGAUGACGAAGAAGACGACGAAGAGGAGGGGGAGAGCAGCGGCGGAGAGAUGCAGAGCUCUGAGGUCAUCAUGGCGCUGGAGACCAUGACGCCGAGCGGCGGGUCAGUGAGGAGCCAACCAGAUGGGCUGGGAGACAAGAUGGAGGAAGGUUCUGGACGGCUGGCGCUGGACCUGCGGCUGUCCAGCUCCAACGCCUCAUCAAUGCCAGAGCUGCUGGAACAGCUGUGGAAGGCCAGAUCAGAGAAGAAGAAACUAAGAAAGACCAUCCGAGAGUUUGAAGAGGAUUUUUAUCAGCAUAAUGGAAGGAAUGUUCAGAAAGAGGACCGGGUGCCGAUGCUGGAGAAAUACAGGGAGUACAAGAGGAUCAAGGCCAAGCUCCGCCUCCUGGAGGUCCUCAUCAGCAAACAGGAUUCCUCCAAGUCCAUCUAGACUUUACUCAGAUAACCGCUAUCAUCGCACACGUCAUCAGCCGCCGUCACUGUAGCGGCGCCACCUGCAGAUCACCACACCUGUCAGGAACAUUGUGAAAUAACCCUGGAAUGGCAGCAGUGAUCGGAUCAAAGCAACUUCCCGCCUCCAGGGUUUGCUGCAGUCACAUCAUGAAGAUGUUUGUUAGAAGGCGAACUCAUGAACUAAACCUGAGGGAACAGAUUAAUAAACUAAUCUGUGGGACUAAAUUUGCUCGUUUUAAUUCUAAGCGAUCAGUUCAGAGGAAACUCAAACUGUUUUCCAUGACGUGGCUGCAGGAGCUCCGAUGGUCCAACCAGACGCCGCCUCAGUCUGACCCAACAUCAGCUUUUAACAUCACAGUGUUCCUCGUCUUCAUCAUCAGGCCUCGUUUAACACCCGUGUUGAUUUCCACGUUUCCUCCCAUGAGGAAACAAAAGUUUGUUGUGUCAAAGUUUGCUGAGGAAUCUGAUGGGACAGCUCAGAGACUGAAGCUUCACGCCAUCUGUUAUCAUUUCUGCCCCAUCCCAUCCUGAAAGUGACGUUUUACUCCGCCAUCUUUGGUUCACGCGUGUUGUUUUCUGUGUGUCAGUAAAUGGACCGAAGCUUCUGAGCAUCCAGAACCAGAUGACCCAGCUGCUUUAAAGACAACAGCACCCAAAGGCAGCUUCACAGGAAAAAUAAUCCUUCACUAGUUCCUCCAUCACCUUUUUAUCCUUGAUUUUUUUCUGUUUGAUUCACGUCAAUAUUUCUGGAUCCAGAAGCACGUUGGCUGCAAACAGCAAUGGAGAUCAGCUCACAGAGACAGAGAGCAUUCUGGGUAGUGAAAACACUGCUGUCGGCGCAAAAAGCGAGGGUGGAAGUUCGAUUUCCUGCUGGCAGGUCAAAUGAGAACGAGAGCAUCCAGCGAGUUUCCCUGUGAACCGCUGGCAUUUGAAAAGGAGACUGUGAGUGAGAUGAAAAGUUGAGUUUUUGUUUGUUUGUAGAGAAUAUUUUGGGGUGCAGAGUGCUUGUUGGAGCAGAAAGGUUUAAGAUUUGAUGUAAAAAAAAAAAUGUUAUUUGCACAGCAUUCACUGAAUGCAGCCCUUCUGUUUCCAUUUGUACUUCUAGAAAUUAAGCACUACUUCUAUACAAAUAUCGAUAUACUGUACAUAAAAACUGAAAAAAAAUGAAUGUCAGACAUGUUUAAAUUAUUUCAAACAUCACGUUUGGCCCCUUUUCAGUUCCUAACAUUUGUGAAGCCCAGAGAAUGUUUUUUUUAAUUGUCCGUAUACUUCCUGCUAAUGUUCCUACAUUAUCAAACCUUUUUGUAUGUACUCACUAAGUGUAACCCAGCUGUGGAUGUUUCCACAGCAACCCACUCUGUUCUCCAACAUGUCGCUGUGUGUAAUAUAAGCUAAUAUAGCAGUACUGUAGUCGGCUUGCAUGGCAGCACAGAUCAUAUUAAACAUGAUGGACUGUUUCCAUUAUCCGUGCCAUGAAGAAGCAGCAAUAAUAAAAGUUUGCAUCAGACUUAUCUGAACAUGCUUCAGGUCAAUGUGUCGUCGGGUUGACUCCAGAGGGACUCUUAUCCAUGUGUUUUUAUCAUUAAAAAGGUGUGCUGGCUCUGCUAAAAAACCAAAACGUCUAGAUGAAGGUCAGAAGAGUCUAGAAAGCCAGGAAACAUUCCAGUUUUUAUCAUUUGUUGUUCAUCUGUGAAGGGCUUUUGGUUCUUUGGAUUAUUUUGUCUGUUUCCCGUCCGGCCUGCAGCAGAACUCUGUAAACAGGCCGUUUGUCUCGUUGUGCUUCACUCACCCAUCUGAGGAGCUCUGAGGAAUUUGCAGCAAAGAUGUUGGCAAAGGUCACAGUCAAGGUGUUUUUUUUUUGUUUUUUUUUCUAACGUCAGAUAACAUUGGUAUGAUUGGAAGGAACUUUAGUCUAGAAUUGUUCACGAGGAUUAAAUCUCACUGCUCCAUAAAACUGAAAGGUUGGUUAUUUUUGGAUGAUUAGAGGCUUAACUGACAUCUUUGAAAAUUUACUUUUCCUUCAGAUUCUUUGACUGCCUCCUCCCAUUCGCUCUUUUUUUUAAUCACCAGUAAUGCCUCCGUAUCAAAGGUUUUAUGUGGUGGAAAGAAAAAAAAUCAACCAGUUAUCCAUGAAAAUAAAAUCUACA